CGUCACUGAACUCGCUGAUAAAAGUCAAAAGUUCAAAGUCAAACUUUGGGCACAGUGUUUUUUGGUAAAAAUAAAAUUUAACAGAUAUUACAGUAAGCAUAAAUUAUUUCACGAAAAUGGUCGCCGGAAUUGUUGCUGGACGUCUAGCCUUAGUGACUGGUGCUGGGUCUGGAUUAGGGCGUGCAGCAUGUCAGCUCCUUUCUCGUGAAGGUGCAACGGUUAUUGCAGCAGACAAGAACUAUGAAAGUGCUUUGGAGACCAUCAAAACUCAUACUGCAUUGGCGUCAGGAGCUAAUGCAACUGGAGACCACAGUGCCGUAGAGUUGAAUGUGGCUGAUUCAAAGCAAGUACAGAACCUAUUGGACACUAUCUUGAAGCAGUAUAAGGCACCACCUACUAUUGUGGUCAACAGCGCUGGAAUCACCCGUGACAAUUGGCUCCUGAAGAUGUCAGAAGAAGACUAUAAUGCUGUAAUUGACGUUAACCUGAAGGGAACAUUCCUAGUCAUGCAAACUUUUGCCAGAGCAAUGGCUGCAGCCUCAUUGCCUGGCUCCAUCAUCAACAUAUCUAGUAUCAUAGCAAAAUAUGGAAACAUGGGUCAAACAAAUUAUGCUGCAAGUAAAGCAGGUGUUAUUGGUAUGACCCAGUCUGCAGCCAAAGAGUUAGGGAAGAGUAACAUAAGAGUAAAUGCAAUUUUGCCUGGGUUUAUAAAGACACCUAUGGUAGAUACAGUACCUGAGAAAGUUAUACAAGGCAUGCUGAAAUUGGUGCCCCUGGGUAGAAUGGGUCAACCCUCAGAGUUAGCUGAAGUGAUCACGUUUUUAGCAUCUGACAAGAGUUCGUUUGUAACUGGUGCUGCAAUUGAUGUGACUGGUGGAUUUUAAAUUAUUUAAAUAAAUCAUGUCUAUGGGCAUUAAACAAAGUCAACAUACCUAUUACAAAAUAAUAUAAAUCUAAUGCUACAAUAUUCAAGUCUAAACUAAGUGAACUUCCAUCUUACUGUGAUAUUUUACUUAUC